AUGGUAAGGAAGGCUUGUUGCUCUGAUUUGGGUCUGAAUAGAGGUCCAUGGACCCCUGAGGAGGAUCUUCUGCUAAAAAACUAUGUUCAAACUCAUGGAGAGGGACAGUGGAGCCUUGUUCCCCACAGAGCAGGUCUGGUGAGAUGUGGAAGGAGUUGCAGGUUACGUUGGAUGAAUUAUCUUCGCCCUGAUGUCAAACAUGGCAACAUUUCUCCAGAGGAAGAAGAGCUCAUCAUCGAACUUCAUAAGGUGCUUGGUAACAGGUGGUCAAUGAUAGCAGCAAGAAUGCCUGGCAGGACAGACAACCAGAUAAAAAACGUGUGGUAUUCACGUCUGAGCAAAAAAGUUGCCAAAACUAAAGAUUGCAAUGUAUCAAAGCCACUGCCAUCUAGACCUUCCCCUAAAGAAAGUAAUCUUACUGCUAAUGAGAAUAGCUCUGGAGAGAAAAAUAAUGAAACUAAUAUAUUUCAAUCUGCUGCAACUUAUUCAAUGCAUUAUGAGAAUGAGAAGGAAAUGAAGAAAGUAUGUGAAGAGUCAAUUGCAAGGCUUCCAGAGUGGCCAAAUAUGCAGAGUUUGUUUGACAGUUCAGAGAACGUAAUGGAUGGAAGCCUUUUCCAGCCAUCUAUUUCUCAACUGUAUUUAGACUCUGGUGUGCAAAAUGACAUUGAUAUUAUACUGCAAAAUGCCAUUAACUGGUAUAACUUACGUCCAUACUUUGACCCAUCAAUAACAACUGAGCAAGUUCAAGUGAGUCAUGACCCACCAUCACUCUUUUAUAUGAAUCACAACAGCUAUGGGACUGUAAGCCAGUUCACCAUGGAAUCAGAAGAUGUUGGGAAAUUACAGUAA